CGGCCGAGUUGUGGCAGUGUGCGUUUUUCUCCUCUUUGGGGGCGGUCGUCGAUACAGGUGUUGUCGGGAAUGUUUCCAACUCCCAAAGAGAAAGAUCCGAUUUAUAAAGAUGCUGGUAAUAAAAGGCAAUAGUAAUGAAAAUUGAAAGGAGAAAAAGUAUUUAACUUACAUAGAGCCGCUUUACUUCAGAACCAGUUUACCAUGGAACUGUCAGAGUGGAAGCCCGUUGUGUUUCAAAGGAAGUAGAAAUAGUCUAUCUUGAAGAAGCCAUGGCAAAAUCAAAUACAAAGCAUAGAACAUGCUCUCGAGAAUCUUCAGUAUCUUCUCUUCUAGCAAGCUGCAGCCCUAGUGGUGGUAAUUUGUCUAAUUCUGGUGGCCCUUUCCAAUAUAAGGGCAAAGUAUACGACUCUGCUUCUCAGGCUCUACAGGCCUAUAUUCACGAGUUUGAUCUCAGCCAAAUGUGUCCUGGUGGAAGCACUGGAAAGAUGAACAUUGCCAAGGGUUCUAGGAAUCUGGCAAAAUUCUCCACAUAUAUGUAUAAAAACAAUGCCUUGGAAGAUGUUGAUCACGUGAAGAGCUCACAUUCCUUGUGUUACAGAAAACAGACUGUUAAUGACAUAGACUCAAUUAGCCUCACUACUGAUGAUCUGUUAAAACUUCCAGCAGAUGGAUCGUUACCUUCCUCCGGUUAUAUUGGACCAGGUCACCGAACUAACAAGAAAAACAAGAAAUGCUUUGGAAGAUUAGGUUCAUUGGACGCUGAAAAGAAUCCAAAAUUUCAAGAAUCCGCUUUCCCCAAGAGCAAAGAUAACUUUAUUACUCCUCUUGUAUACACAAAUAUAAAUGGCAAGCAACGUGUUAAGCUAAAAAACCCAAGAAUUACGAAUAAGACUAAUAAAUGCAUUUCUGAACCAUCUUUAUCUUUUUCCAAGAAGUCAUCUUCCAAAGACAGUUCAGAAGACAAUUGUGAAAAGAAUUAUCCAAGAUGGUUCACUAGCCAGAAAUCUGACCUUAAUGUGUCAGGGAUAACUAGUAUACCUGAUUUCAAAUAUCCAGUCUGGCUCCACAAUCAAGACUUAUUACCUGAAACAAAUAGUCAAAGGACUUCAAAAGUACUUAAAGAAGAUUCGAGUUCCCCUAAACAUAGUUAUCAGGCACAAAGAACUCGGCUUACGAAUAAGUUAGAUUGUUUUGAAUAUUCUUUUGAACACUCAAAUGUUUCAAAUUCUGCACAUGAUGACAAAGGAUUAGUUAAUGAAUACAAAUGUGAUUUUGAAUGUAGCCAGUGUCAAUAUGAAAACCUACUUCUCCCCGGACAAUCCAAAAAGCCAUUCAGUGAUGACAAAAUUGAAUUGCUUAUCCUGAAAGCCAAGAGAAACCUAGAACAUUCUACUGAGGAUUUACCAAGCCCUGUGAAAAAGGAUGGCAGUCCUUGUUCAUUAGAUAAACUUGAAGCAGAAAGAUCAUGGGAAAAUAUUCCUGUUACUUUCAAAUCACCAGUUCCGGUUGACUCUGAUGAUAAUCUUCAACAAACUUCAAAGACAAAAUAUGCUAAAAACUUCCUUGAAGACUUUUUAAGUAAUGAUAACCAGAGUUGUACCCUCUCUGGAGGCAAACAUCAUGGUCCGGUUGAAGCCCUGAAACAAAUGUUGUUUAAUCUUCAAGCAGUGCAAGAAACUUUUAAUCAGAAUAAAAUCUCAGAGCCAGAAGAAGAGCCCAAACAAAUUUCAGAAGAUGAAUUUUCUAAAUUGCAAUUGAAAGAAAGUAUGAUUCCUAUUACUGCGUCACUUCAGAAGGCAUUGCACCACUUAUCUCGCCUGAGAGACCUUGUUGAUGAUACCAGUGGGAAACAGUCACCGAAAAUAUGAAGAGGAAACUAAAAAUGCCUAACCAAUAAAUAGUCACUACCAAAGAAAAAGGUUUAUUGAUUAAUGUAAGUAGAAAAAAAGAAGAUAUUUUAAUGAGAAUUUUCAAAAAUUUAUUGAGUAUGAAAAAAAUAAAACAGAAAAGCCAAAUUCUAGAAACUGUCUGAGAUCAAGGGAUAAAUAUGGCACUGAUAACAUGAAGACCGAAGACCCUGAUGGAUCGUCUUUAUUAUUAAGAACUCUGCUUUCAGUUUUUUUCUGACAGUUCAUUUUAGCAUCACAGAGAAUUCUGACUAAAUUGUUUAGCUUAUUUGUGCUAUUCCCUGUGAACAUAAAUGGUGGGGGGGGGGGUGUUUCAUGUUAUUUUACAUGUAAUGAUUUAUGAUAAUGUAUUAAAAAUAUAUAGUUAUACCAAGCUAUUGCUUGAAGAUAAAUCACGAGGAAUUUCCUUUUUCCUGUGUUCUAAAUUCAUGAGAUCAUACAUCUGGGUUUAAAUAUUGUUUCAUUUUCUUGUGUCACCUUCCUCUCUAUAUCUCAACACCCACUUAGUGGAAGUGCUGUCAAGAAGUAAACUUGCCAAAGGCAGGCAGCAUGAAAGGAGACAAAAGAAGCAAAAAGUCACUAACGUUGGUUAUCAAUUUCUGACCAACUAAAGUUCCUUUAAAUGUGAAAGAUGGUGUAUCCCUCUGAUUCUUGUACAGACUGGAUGUUUCACAUGUGAUCAUGUGCUGUUUUAGGUUGCAAUGCCUGACAUACAAAGACUUGUGUAAGCUUAGGCCUAAACCUGGACACAUUGUUUAGUAGGUUAUCAUGGUAGAUAUUUUUCCUUUAAUAUCUGAAUUUAUUCUUUUCUCACAUCCCCCUGCUGCUGCUACUGCCUUAUUUUCCCUCCCUGUCUUUUUAGGUUUCUUUUUUUUAAUUUAUUAUUUAUCAUUUUAAUAUCUCACCUGUAACUAACACAUUCUUUACCUGGAUGAAGGGGAAAACAACUCCAAAACUUGGCAUAUUUCACCUUCCCAGUUCCUGCAUCUAUGUAACCCUAGUCCAGACCCUUCAGCUUCACAAAUGCAAUAUCUUCUUUGCACCUCACCCCUAAAUCAAGACUUGUAUAUUUGCUUCCUAAUGCCUAUUUUGACCUUAAACAUUCACCCCUUCUCUGAAUUUUUUACACUGAAGCCAGACUGCCUGGUUUUUGUAAGAUACUGCUAUACACCACCACUCUGCUUAUACUCGUUUUCCAAAAUUUUCCGUUUUCUCACCUUCAUGUACUUUACUUUUUGUUUGAAAUACUAAUUUUUUUGCAUAUUUAAAGCUUACUCAGCCAUUUCUCUAAAGCUCUGUGAAAGUCUUACAUUUCCUUUUCUAAAUAUUGUAACACUUUGUGUUACAUAAAGGCUUUCCCUUUUUCUUCCAUUAUUCUCUAGCUUCAUUUUGUAUUUCUUGUUUUAUUUUACAGCUACUGCUUCAUACAUCACAUUGUAUCCUGAGGGGAAUACAUUUUAUCUCAAAAAUAUGAAAUAACUAUUUCUGGUUGGUUUUCUUUCCUUGAUUCAUAGCCAAGAAAAAUAUAUUUUGAAUAGUGUUGCUUGCUAAUUCUAUACCUUGUUUUUGUAAAAUGUAAGAUCAAGAUAAAAAAGACCACAUGGUUUUAUAUCUAUCUGUAAAUAACUUCAUUUACCUUUUUUUGGACAAAGAGAGAAUAAAACAAAAGCCUAACAUUGUACCUUUAUAUAUGCUGUUCUGCAAAUCCUUUUUAAAACGAGGUAAAUUAAACCUAUUUGGAGAGUUA